AUGAUGAGAGCUCCCUCAACAGUUACUUUGGCAUUUUUUGCUUUGCUUUGCGCUUCCGUUCAAGGAUUUGGAGUUGUCCCAGCAGGAGAAUCACGCACUCAGGUUGCACUGUCGGAUGCCCCACCUGCUGUGAGCGACGCUUCUGAGGUUGCAGAUGUUGCCAUUCCCACCAACCUUCCAUCUGAAAAGGGAAUCGACUACGUUCCUUUGGCAACCAUGUUGGCCACUGGGCAACUUGCUGAGGCUGAUCAGUUCACCAGGGAUGCCUUGAUUGAGUUGUCUGGAGCCAAAGACAAGGGAAGAAAUUUUGUAUAUUUCACAGAUGUCAAGCGAAUCCCUGGCACUGACUUGGCAACUAUCGAAAGGCUCUGGAGUGAAUUUUCUGGGGGCAAAUUUGGAUACUCUGUUCAAAAGAGAAAAUAUCGACAAUCCAAGGGCGACUUCGAGGCCUUCUGUAGAAAGAUCGGAUGGACUACCAAAGAAGGUGAAGUUGAGAGAAAGAAGCGUUGGUUUGGUGCUUCCGAGUUCAUCUACGACGUGAAGAAGGCACCUGAAGGGCACCUUCCUCUUACAAGUGCUUUGAGGGGAACAUCGUUGAUCAAGAAUAUUCUUGCCCAUCCCGUCUUCGACGACGAAGAAUGGAAGAAGCAGCCAUAA